CGUCUACUUAAAUGGUCUCCUGGGUGUGCUCUGCUUUUGCUUCUCUCUCCUCUUCCUCUGCGUCUUCUCCCUGCUCUCCUGCUCUCUCCCUCUCUUCGUCUCCCGUUGUUGCAGUAGCAGGCUGAUCUGUGGUUGCUGCAUGAGAGGGUUCCUCCACCUUUGCUGAGGGUUUGGGUUCUUGCGCAGCUCUUCGCUUGGCCAAGGUUCUUGUAUUCUUGAGACAUGUUGAGAGGCGUCGUACUGCAGAUUCGCGUCAUCGACAUGUGAAGGCGUCCAAGGACUCGGCACGACGCAAGAACCUUGCGGCCAUCUUCUCCAAUUGGUUCUCUUCUUCCUUGCGAGAAUCGGCGCGUGCGAAUUAGAGCCAGCGACGCGAAGCCAUGGCCGCCUCCGCGCCCUCCACGACAGCGGCCGCCUACUUCUUGGUGGUGGUGGCGGUGGUGCUGCUUCAGGUGCCGUUGCCCGCCAUUGCCAGCGCCGUGGAGGCCGCGGCGCUGCUCGCCUUCAGGCGCGCGUCGGUGGUGGACGACCCGCGCGGCACGCUCACGACCUGGGAGCGCGGCGCGGUGAACUCCACCGCGGCACCGUGCUCGUGGGCCGGCGUCUCGUGCGCGCCGCAGCCCGAUGGCCGCGUCGUCGCCGUCAACCUCAGCGGCAUGGCGCUCGCCGGUGAGCUCAGGCUCGACGCGCUCCUUGCGCUCCCGGCGCUCCAGCGCCUCGACCUCGGCGGCAAUGCCUUCUACGGCAACCUCUCGCACGCCGCGGCCACGCCGUGCGCGCUCGUGGAGGUGGACAUGUCGUCGAACGCCUUCAACGGGACGCUGCCCCCGGCGUUCCUGGCGCCUUGCGGCGCGCUGCGGUCGUUGAACCUGUCGAGGAACCAUCUCGUCGGCGGCGGGUUCCCGUUCGCGCCGUCGCUGCGAGCGCUCGACCUGUCGCGCAACCGCCUGGAGGACGCCAGCCUUCUGAACUACUCCUUCACCGGCUGCCACCGCCUGCGGUACCUCAACCUCUCCGCCAACCAGUUCGCCGGGCUGCUGCUGGAGCUCGCGCCGUGCAGCGAGGUCUCUGUGCUCGACGUGUCAUGGAACCUCAUGUCCGGCGCGCUGCCUGCCGGGAUCAUGGCCUCGGCGCCGGCCAACUUGACGAACCUCAGCAUCGCCGGGAACAACUUCACUGGCGAUGUCUCGGCGUACGACUUCGGCGCUUGCACGAACCUGAUGGUGCUGGAUUGGUCCUACAAUGGCCUGAGCAGCACCAGAUUGCCACCGAGCCUCGCCAACUGCCGCCGCCUUGAGACGCUGGACAUGUCGGGGAACAAGCUCCUCUCCGGCCCGAUACCGACGUUCUUGACGGGCUUCUCGUCGCUGAAGCGAUUGGCAUUGGCCGGCAACGAGUUUUCCGGCCCGAUACCGGAUGAGCUGAGCCAGUUGUGCGGCCGAAUUGUUGAGCUGGACCUGUCAAGCAACCGGCUGGUUGGUGGCUUGCCGGCGAGCUUUGCAAAGUGCAGGUCCCUCGAGGUGCUUGACCUCGGUGGCAACCAGCUCUCCGGGGACUUUGUGGUCACUGUCGUCAGCACCAUCUCCUCACUCCGUAUUCUGCGGCUUUCGUUCAACAACAUCACCGGCCAGAACCCGCUGCCAGUUCUCUCGGCGGGUUGCCCAUUGCUUGAGGUGAUCGACCUUGGGUCCAAUGAGCUCGACGGUGAGAUUAUGUCAGACCUGUGCUCGUCACUGCCAUCACUGCGGAAGCUGUUCCUCCCGAACAAUUACAUCAAUGGCACAGUGCCGCGGUCGCUUGGCAAUUGCGCCAAUCUGGAGUCCAUUGAUCUCAGCUUCAACUUGCUGGUUGGCCAGAUCCCAACAGAAAUAUUGGCGCUGCCGAAGCUUGUUGAUCUUGUCAUGUGGGCGAAUGGCCUCUCCGGCGAGAUUCCAGACAUGCUUUGCUCCAAUAGUACUACAUUGGAGACAUUGGUGAUAAGCUACAACAGCUUCACUGGAAGCAUCCCUCCUUCCAUCACCAACUGCGUCAAUCUCAUCUGGGUGUCGCUCUCCGGCAACCGUCUCACCGGGAGCGUGCCUCGGGGCUUUGGUAAGCUCCAGGAGCUUGCCAUUCUGCAACUCAACAAGAAUCAGCUCUCUGGUCAUGUGCCAGCGGAGCUCGGAAGCUGCAACAACCUCAUCUGGCUCGACCUCAACAGCAACAGCUUCACCGGCACAAUACCACCAGAGUUAGCAGACCAGGCAGGGCUCGUUCCGGGGGGAAUUGUGUCAGGCAAGCAGUUUGCAUUCCUACGGAACGAGGCCGGCAAUAUCUGCCCCGGUGCCGGUGUGCUCUUCGAGUUCUUUGGUAUCCGGCCAGAGAGGCUGGCCGCGUUCCCAGCCGUGCACCUCUGCCCAUCCACAAGGAUAUACACUGGCACAACGGUGUACACAUUCAGUCGCAAUGGAAGCAUGAUCUUCCUCGACCUCUCAUACAAUGGCCUCACCGGCGCAAUUCCGGCGAGCCUAGGGAACAUGAUGUAUCUGCAAGUCCUUAACUUGGGGCACAAUGAGCUCAAUGGUACAAUACCAUAUGCAUUCUCAGGGCUCACGUCGAUUGGCGCACUCGACCUCUCGAACAAUCAACUCAGUGGUGGCAUCCCCCCAGGUCUCGGUGGUUUGAGUCGGCUUGCCGACUUUGACGUCUCCAACAACAAUCUGUCUGGCCCAAUCCCUUCAUCUGGCCAGCUCACCACAUUCCCGCAGUCCCGGUAUGCUAACAACUCUGGCCUCUGCGGCAUACCUUUGCCUCCUUGUGGUCAUGAUCCGGGGCGGGGAGGCGAGCCACGAGUGUUGCCUAAUGGGAGGAGGAAGGUCAUUGGCGCAAGCAUAGUUAUCGGAGUCGCGCUCUCUGCGCUCAUACUGCUCUUGCUGCUGGUCACUCUCUGCAAACUCCGGGCGAACCAGAAGACUGAAGAAGUGAGAACCGGGUACAUAGAAAGCCUCCCAAUAUCUGGCACAACAAGCUGGAAGCUUUCGGGUGUUCCCGAGCCGCUAAGCAUCAAUGUGGCCACAUUUGAGAAGCCACUGAGGAAGCUCACCUUUGCGCAUCUCCUCGAGGCUACAAAUGGCUUCAGUGCAGAGACCCUCAUAGGCUCAGGGGGGUUUGGUGAGGUAUACAAGGCCAAGCUCAAGGAUGGUACUGUUGUUGCCAUCAAGAAGCUAAUUCAUUUCACAGGCCAAGGUGACAGGGAGUUCAUUGCAGAGAUGGAGACCAUAGGCAAGAUCAAGCACCGCAACCUCGUACCGUUGCUCGGUUAUUGCAAGAUCGGUGAUGAGCGUCUCCUCGUCUACGAGUACAUGAAGCAUGGCAGUCUAGAUGUUGUGCUGCACGACAAGGCCAAGGCUACUGUGAAGCUUGACUGGGCAGCAAGGAAGAAGAUUGCAAUUGGUUCAGCAAGGGGCCUUGCUUUCCUCCACCAUAGCUGCAUCCCCCACAUCAUUCACCGGGACAUGAAGUCAAGUAAUGUGCUCCUUGAUAGCAACCUCGAGGCCCGUGUCUCGGACUUCGGAAUGGCAAGGCUUAUGAAUGCACUUGAUACUCAUCUGAGCGUGAGCACACUCGCAGGCACGCCAGGGUAUGUGCCACCUGAGUACUACCAAAGCUUCAGGUGCACGACCAAGGGCGAUGUCUACAGCUAUGGCGUUGUGCUUUUGGAGCUACUAUCAGGGAAGAAGCCCAUCGAUCCAACUGAAUUUGGAGACAAUAAUCUUGUCGGUUGGGUGAAGCAGAUGGUUAAGGAGAACAGAAGCAGUGAGAUCUUUGAUCCUACACUGGCAGACACAAAGUCAGGGGAAGCUGAGUUCUAUCAGUAUCUGAAGAUCGCUUGCGAGUGUUUGGACGACCGGCCUAACCGAAGGCCAACCAUGAUUCAGGUCAUGGCAAUGUUCAAAGAGCUACAGCUAGACUCUGACAGUGACUUCCUUGACGGCUUCUCGAUCAAUUCUUCGACUAUAGAUGAAUCAGCAGAGAAAUAGACGUAAUGUUUUCUGAUCCUUGCAGAUUUUGAUUCUCUGGAGGAAUAGAACAGCAUACUAGCUCAAUCAUUUUAGGUCCGAAGUAGCAACAGAUAGUCUCCUCCAAUUUAGUAGAAAAAGUUGUAAUUUUGAUUCCAGUCACUGUAUAUAGUACGCGAAUGUGCCAACAGGGAAGGAUGGGUAGGGCAUAAUUGCAGAAAAGCUGCUCCCUUCUGUUGAAGAGAUCGUGCAAGUAUUUUAGAAUCAAAUUCCCAGCAUUUCAGCA